AUGACUCAACGAAGUGUUGUCUCAUGGACUGCUAUGAUUGUUGCAUAUGAACAAAAUAGCCUUGUGGAAAACUCUUUAGAGAUUUUUAAGAAAAUGCAGUUGGCAGAUGUAGAGCUCAACUCAGUAACCUUUUCCAGCAUCCUCCCUGCGUGCGCCAAAAUGGGAGCCUUGGACGAGGGUAUGGAAAUCCAUCGAAAAGUAUUUGAAGAUAGAUUUUCUUCAGAUGUUAUAGUUGUGAUAGCCUUGAGAGACAUGUAUGCAAAAUGUGGAAAUCUACAGAAGGCACAUGAAUUGUUUGACGGUAUACCUCAACAAGAUGUGGUUUCACAGACUGCAAUUGUCGCUGGAUAUGCACAGAAUGGGUUUGUUGAUAAAGCUUUGGAGAUAUUCAAGCAUAUGCAAUUUUUCAAGUGUAAAGCCCAAAUUCAACAACUUUUGCCAGCAUUCCUCUACGCCAGUGCUAAGGUUCAGAGUAGGCUGUGA